ACUGAAACACUGUGUCUACUGUAAGUUGAGUUCAACACUUGGACAAGGUUCCACAGUUCACAGUUUGUCAAUAAAUGAUAAACCAGCUCCGCUUACGUCAAUAAAUAAUUAAGUUCAACAAAAAACGAAAUUAGUUUUCUUUUAAUUAAUCAUUGGACCGUGUUUUGCGUAGUUUCGAUAACACAUUUACAGCCGUUCUCGUUUCUCAACACAAAAAAUAAACAGCGAACAGAAACCAGAAUGUGGCAACCUGAAGAAUUCCGCCCCCUUUUAUCCCCCACAGCAGACGUGGUCGCGGCUAACGAAUGGUUAAAGUCAUCCAUCCAUAAACUUGACCUCUUGACCCAUUCCAAACUCAAAAUCCGCUACAAUCCUGAAGAAUAUAUUGCCAUCGACGAUACAACUGGACCGUUGUGGAACAUCACAACGUGGAAGAACAAACCAGAGCUGAACAUUAAGAACGAUGAUGCUGAAGACGAUAUUUAUUAUCCUGAAGAGAACGAUGUCGACCGUAAACCGGACCACGUGACAGUACGGCCACCCCAACCAACGUAUCCUGCCCCCGCCCCCCGGGACACUCCUGUCCAUUUGGCCCGUCUAGCAGUGAACUCUCGACCUCGACACCCGCACGUGCGGGAAACCCGGGUCGAAAACUUCUUCCAGCCGAAAGAUAUCGGCACGUUCUAUUCAAAGAGGAACUUGUAUAAGUUGAAAGAAUGGAUUCACGGAGAUUACUAGCCAAGAAAAGCAUCCCCGAUUGUUUACCGAUUUUUGGAAUGAACGCGUUCGGAUUUUUUAAAACUUUUUUUUUGUAUUUAAUGAUUUAUUUCUAGAAUAAUUUUUUUCUGUUGCUUGUACAUAUUAAUUAUUUUCUUUUGUUUUUGCAAUAAAUUCAUACAAGUCGUGCAAUAUCAAUUAACUGUUA